AUGGAGGCUCUCUGUGAGGAGGCCCUCUAUGAGGAGGUUCUCUCUGAGGACAGCCACUGUGAGGACAGCCUCUGUGAGGAGGCCCUGUGUGAGGAAGGUCUCUACGAGGAGGGUCUCUGUGAGGACAGCCUCUGUGAAGAGGCUCUCUAUGAGGAGGCCCUUUGUGAGGAGGCUGUAUGUGAGGAGACCCUCUGUGAGGAGGCUCUCUGUAGGGACAGCCACUGUGAGGAGGCUCUCUCUGAGGAGGCCCACUGUGAGGAAACCCUCUGUGAGGAGGCCCUCUGUCAGGAGACUCUCUGUGAGGAUAGCCAAUGUGAGGACAGCCUCUGUGAGGACAGCCUCUGUGAGGAAGCCCUCUGUAGGGACAACCACUGUGAGGACAGCCACUGUGAGGAGGCUCUCUAUGAGGAGGCCACCUGUCUCUGUGAAGAGGCUCUCUCUGAGGACAGCCACUGUGAGGACAGCCUCUGUGAGGAGGCUCUCUGUGAGGAGGUUAUCUGUGAGGAGGGUCUCUGUGAGGACAGUCUCUGUGAGGAGGCCCUUUAUGAGGAGGCCGUCUGUGAGGAGACCCUCUGUGAGGAGGCUCUCUGUGAGGAGGCCCUCUGUGAGGAGACCCUCUGUGAGGAGGCCUUCUGUGAGGAGACCUUCUCUGAGGAGGCUUUCUGUGAGGAGGCCUCUGUGAAGAGACUCUCUACUCUCUCUGAGGACAGCUUCUGUGAGGAGGCCAUCUAUGAGGAGGACAUCUGUGAGGAGGCCCUCUGUGAGGAGUCCCUCUUUGAUGAGACCCUCAGUGAGGACAGCCACUGUGAGGACAGUAUCUGUGAGGAGGCUCUCUCUGAGGGCAGCCAUUGUGAGGACAGCCUCUGUGAGGUGGCCCUCUGUGAGGAGGCUCUCUGUGAGGAGGACCUCUGUGAGGAGUCCCUCUAUGAGGAGGCCCUCUGUGAGGAGGCCGUCUGUGAAUGA